AUGGCGCACCGGCGUGCCGCCCGGUUCUUCUUGGCGGUGCUCUUGGUGGCCGCGCUUGCGGCGCUCCGGCCGGCCUCGGCGCUGUCCCCGGACGGCAAGGCGCUGCUGUCCCUCCUCCCGACGGCGCCGUCGCCGGUGCUGCCGUCCUGGGACCCCGCCGCCGCGACGCCGUGCUCCUGGCAGGGGGUCACGUGCUCGCCGCAGAGCCGGGUGGUCUCCCUCUCGCUGCCCAACACCUUCCUCAACCUCUCCGCGCUCCCGCCGCCGCUCGCCUCGCUCUCCUCGCUGCAGCUGCUCAACCUCUCCACCUGCAACAUCUCCGGGCCCAUCCCGCCCUCCUACGCGUCGCUCUCCGCGCUCCGCGUGCUGGACCUCUCCUCCAACGCGCUCUACGGCGCCGUCCCGCCCGAGCUCGGCGCGCUGUCGGCGCUGCAGUACCUCUUCCUCAACUCCAACCGCUUCACGGGCGCCGUCCCGCGCACCCUCGCCAACCUCUCGGCCCUCGAGGUGCUCUGCGUCCAGGACAACCUCUUCAACGGCACCAUCCCGGCCUCCCUCGGCGCGCUCACCGCGCUCCAGCAGCUCCGCCUCGGGGGCAACCCGGGGCUCACGGGCCCCAUCCCGCCAUCCCUCGGCGCGCUCUCCAACCUCACCGUAUUCGGCGGCGCGGCCACGGGGCUGUCCGGCCCCAUCCCGGACGAGCUCGGCAACCUCGUCAACCUCCAGACGCUCGCGCUGUACGACACCAGCAUCUCCGGCCCCGUGCCGGCCGCGCUCGGCGGGUGCGCCGAGCUCCGCAACCUCUACCUCCACAUGAACAAGCUCUCCGGCCCGAUACCGCCCGAGCUCGGGAGGCUGCAGAAGCUCACCAGCCUGCUGCUCUGGGGCAACGCCCUCACCGGGAAGAUCCCGCCGGAGCUCUCCACCUGCUCGGCGCUCGUGGUGCUCGACCUGUCGGGCAACCGGCUCUCGGGCCAGGUGCCCGGGGCGCUCGGCCGUCUUGCCGCGCUCGAGCAGCUGCACCUGUCGGACAACCAGCUCACGGGCCGCAUUCCGCCGGAGCUCAGCAACUGCAGCAGCCUCACCACCCUGCAGCUCGACAAGAACGGCCUCUCCGGGGCGAUACCGCCGCAGCUCGGGGACCUCAAGGCACUGCAUGUGUUGUUCCUCUGGGGCAACGACCUGUCCGGCUCCAUUCCGCCGGAGCUCGGCGACUGCUCCGACCUGUACGCGCUGGACCUGUCCAGGAACCGGCUCACCGGUGGCAUCCCCGACGAGGUCUUCGGCCUCCAGAAGCUAAGCAAGCUGCUCCUGCUCGGCAACGCGCUGUCAGGGCCCAUUCCUCCGAGCGUCGCGGACUGCGUGUCGUUGGUCCGGCUCCGGCUCGGCGAGAACCAGCUCGUCGGCGAGAUACCCAGGGAGAUUGGCAAGCUGCAGAACCUGGUGUUCCUGGACCUCUACUCCAACAGGUUCACCGGGCGGCUGCCCGCCGAGCUCGCCAACAUCACGGUGCUGGAGCUGCUCGACGUGCACAACAACAGCUUCACCGGGCCAGUACCUCCGCAGUUCGGGGCGCUCGUGAACCUGGAGCAGCUUGAUCUCAGCAUGAACAAGCUCGGCGGCGAGAUGCCAGCGAGCUUCGGCAACUUCAGCUACCUCAACAAGCUCAUCCUCAGCAAGAACAUGCUCUCCGGGCCAUUGCCCAGGUCGAUUCAGAACCUGCAGAAGCUGACCAUGCUAGACCUCAGCAGCAACAACUUCUCCGGCCAGAUACCGCCGGAGAUCGGCGCGUUGUCAAGCCUGAGCAUUAGCCUGGACCUGAGUGGGAACAGGUUCGUCGGCGAGCUGCCAGAGGAGAUGUCUGGCCUGACGCAGCUGCAGUCGCUCGACCUGUCGAGCAAUGGCCUCUAUGGUAGCAUCUCGGUGCUCGGCGCCCUCACCAGCCUUACGGCCCUCAACAUUUCGUACAACAACUUCUCCGGCGCGAUCCCGGUGACACCGUUCUUCAAGACAUUGUCAUCGAAUUCCUACAUCAACAAUCCCAGCCUAUGUGAGUCCUAUGAUGGACACAUUUGUGCAUCCGACACGGUUCGCAGGACCACUAUGAAGACCGUGAGGACAGUGAUCCUUGUCUGCGCCAUUUUGGGCUCGAUCGCGCUGUUGCUUGUUGUGGUCUGGAUCCUCAUCACCAGGAGCAGGAUGCUUGUGGGCGAGAAGGCGACGAGCCUGUCGGCCGUGGGCGGUAACGACUUCUCGUACCCAUGGACGUUCACGCCAUUUCAGAAGCUCAACUUUUGCGUUGAUAACAUCUUGGAAUGCCUGAGAGAUGAGAAUGUGAUCGGCAAGGGUUGCUCAGGAGUUGUGUACAGAGCUGAAAUGCCCAACGGGGAUGUCAUCGCGGUGAAGAAGCUCUGGAAGACGACCAAGGAGGAGCCCAUCGACGCGUUCGCUGCCGAGAUUCAGAUACUGGGUCAUAUCAGGCACCGGAACAUUGUCAAGCUGCUUGGCUACUGCUCGAACAAGACAGUCAAGCUCCUGCUCUACAACUACGUCCCCAACGGCAACUUGCAGGAGCUCCUGAAGGAGAACAGGGGCCUGGACUGGGAUACACGGUACAAGAUCGCCGUCGGGGCGGCGCAGGGGCUGUCCUAUCUGCACCAUGACUGCGUCCCCGCGAUACUGCACCGGGACGUCAAGUGCAACAACAUACUGCUCGACUCAAAGUAUGAGUCCUACUUGGCGGACUUUGGGCUGGCCAAGCUCAUGAACUCCCCCAGUUAUCAUCACGCCAUGUCACGGAUCGCCGGCUCUUAUGGAUAUAUUGCUCCAGAGUAUGCAUACACCUCGAACAUCACCGAGAAGAGCGAUGUUUACAGCUACGGUGUGGUGCUCCUGGAGAUCCUAAGCGGGCGUAGCGCCAUCGAGCCCAUGGACAGCGACAGCCUCCACAUCGUGGAGUGGGCGAAGAAGAAGAUGGGGAGCUACGAGCCGGCAGUGAACAUCCUGGACCCGAAGCUGCGCGGCAUGCCGGACCAGCUAGUCCAGGAGAUGCUGCAGACACUGGGCAUUGCUGUUUUCUGUGUGAACCCCGCACCGGGGGAGCGGCCGACCAUGAAAGAGGUGGUGGCCUUCCUCAAGGAGGUGAAGAGCCCGCCGGAGGAGUGGGCUAAGACGUCGCAGCAGCCGCUCAUCAAGCCUGGCAGCCAGGAAGGCUGA